GGUGGCUAUUAUUUAACUCAUUUAUAUCUUAAAGUAAACGUUUAUUUACAUCACCAUGGUAUUUGCUUCUUCUUCUUGCAAACUGACCACACUGGUAAAGCCACGCGUCUCUAAGCUGAAAACAGAUCUGUUCUGGAACAAUAAAACACAUUUUCUGGUAAGAAAGUAAACAUUUUCAUCACAAAUAUUUUUUUGCAUAUAUCCAUUGUGUUAUAGGCACAAUUGUUUGACUUGCAUCAGCUCAAGCAGUAGUUUCUCUUCUUUGGUUUGGUAUCUAGCACAAGUGAAGCUAAAUGCUAAAAAUGCUAAGCUUAACCUGGCAUGGGGUGGGUAACAGAUCUGAAAAGUUGUCACAAAUUCCCCCUACCAUGUUAUCAUUUUACACUUGUCUCAGAUCAACAUCAUGCCUAGGCAUUGGAUGCAUAAAACAGCCAGCGGUGUCCCAGCAGAAGAAGAAAAUAAAAACCAUAAGGCCUAAGCUGACGACACUAAAGAGGCAGACUCGUCAGACGACGAUGAAAAUGUCUGCACUGUGUGCUUGGAGCAUUUUGAUAACUCACAGCCAAAGGAAGAGUGGAUCAGAGUCAGCAUUGUGCAUUUUGGGCCAUGAAUCAAAGUGUCUCUGUACAUUUAUUAGAGUGGAUCUUUUUAAGCCUAAUAAUUUAACUGUUACAUCCAUCCCCGAGCAGUGUUCCAUCUCACCCCGGUACUGCGUUGGGUUGGAACAACAUACCUCUAACCUGUGAUGAUGUGGUAGAAGUCCAAAUGCAUGCUCUCUGUAGCAGACAAACAUGGGUACCACAUGAUAUAAAUGGAGCCCUCUACCACAAAGAACCACUUAGCUUCAUUUGCUCAAACAAAAGUGUUGCAACCAUCCCCGGUCUUCCUGAUUGGCUCAUUUUUCAUGUUCCUUUUAUAUAUAAAAAAAAAAUCAGUAAAAUUUCAUGAUAGUUUUUGUGUUUUAGAAAUUUCAGAAAACAGUUUAACCACUUUCUCUUUCUGAAUGACUAAAAUGAAUAAAUUCCUCGUGUUCUCGCUAAAUCCUGCUAUUCUGCUGCAGCAGUUCUCAUCAGAAACGAAUAAACAGAUGGUUGCUCAGAUUCAUUUAAAAGGCAAACACGUUUGGUGACUUUGAGACAACACCAGCCGCCCCAAAGAAUGUCCCCGAACCAGUCUGAUCAUUCAGUUGCUUCUUUCUGAGCUUGUCAUGGGGGUGCACACUGACAGAAAUAAAAGAAACGGGUGAAAACGUCACAUGGUUGGUGUUUCCUGUCAGAUACUGAGAAGAUCCAGCUAGUUUCGAUAAAGGAGCAGUCAGACUUGGGUUUAUGCCGAGACGUUGCAGAACGUUUUUGGUCCAGCUUUAAAUGAAGUACUGAGCUUCAUAAGCUAUGGGUGGUUCCUCCUUAAAAAAGGUCUUCAUUUGGAAGAGGAAGAAGAAAAACAAGUCACCUUUGAACAAAGCCUUCAAGCAGCUGAAGAGGGCGCUACCAAAGAAGAAAACCAAGAGGAAGGGCCUCCUGGAAAAACUCAACCUGAAGAAGGACAAACAGAAAAAAUCUGACAAGAAGAAGGCAGCAAAGCGGAAGGGGCUUUCUCUGGGUCUCCUAAGGAAGGAGUCGGCUCCGAGUGCUUCAGAUGGGAAGAAGGAAAAAGACAGAGACGGGCUGGGCCGAGUCGGGGAGAAGAUAAGAAAGAAACUUUCACUAGAAAAUAAAAAAGAGCCGAGUGCUGAAACACAGGCGGGUCCUGAGGCUGUAAACUUGAAGGAAACAGAGAGGAAAACAACCCUAAAGAAGCUGAAACUGAUCAUCAGGCCCAGCAAAGCAACAGAAAUCAAAGCAAACGACUAAAAGAUUCUAAAGUACAUCAAGUUUUUAUUAUUGUGAGCUACAUCAAGUGGUUUUGCUCAGAAAUAAGACGACAUUAAAUAUUAAAGCUACACCUGUUCGAUUUUACAUGAGCCGACUGCCUGCGCUAACAACUGUGAUCAAUAAAGUUUUGUAUCACACAACUUA